UUUGUUUGGAUAUCAUCGGUUUUGGAGCUGCCGGUCAUUCUUCCAUCCACCGCCACCAUCGCCCGUCGCCGCGCCCUCGCCGCGGCCUCCGACGAGUCCUGGGGUUGUCCUCGUCCGCGCUGAGCCUUCAUCUACCUCAUCUUACCUCAUCUUCAUCAUCAUGCUGCUACUCUCGCGCUGCGUCGCGUGCCGAGACGACGCGUGCGACUCGCCACGCAUGGACAGCCUUCUUGGCCCGAGCUCGCCGUCGCGCCGCGACUUUGGCUACCAGACACUCAACUUGAGCUGCCGCGCGCCGUUCGCAGAGGCGCCGAGCGCGCGCGACCUGUACCGCGCGAGCCUGCAACAGCCUCGCCGCAGCACGGGCACGUCGCCGUUCUGGCUCGACCUCGACGUCGCGAGCCUCCCCGACGCGACGCGUGGGCCUUGCGAAACGUUUUGCCAGCCGCAAAACUGGUCGUCCGCGUUUGCAUCGCCCUCGGACUUUACGCUCAAGGCGUACGAGGCCAAGCCGUCGGCUAAAGGGCGGUACGCGUACACGCUCGCGAUCGUGAGCCUCGCCAAGCCCAAGGACGAGCCGCAAAAGGUAUUGCGUCAUGCGCCGACACCGCCCUACUCGCAGCCAACGUAUGCGAACCACUACAACAAGUACGUCGUGCACCCGCGGCUCUGCGAUGCGUUCUCGGCGGCGUGCCACUGGUCCAACGCGUGGGUCAAGACCGAAAAAGUCCAGCACGUCGCCCUCGUGCGCAAGACGGAGGCCGACAUCAAGGCGUUUGUCCACAAUAUGGCCUUCCGCCUGCCAGGCCACAACGUCGCUGCCAUGUUCAAGCACAAGCUCUCCAAGACGAAUUCGCUUGAAGCCCGCGCUGAAGCCGUCGUCGAAGUGCUCUCGUACAUUCUCAGCAUCUCACACCUCGGUGUCGACCGCCUCGUGCCGCUCAAGGAGCCUGUGCCGCAGGACAUGCGCGUCCGGCUCUUCUUGGAGCUUUCAUGGGGUGCUGGCGCUGGGCCGACGCCGACCGGCUCCAACUCGUGCGACGGCCGCCUCGAGUCGCGCGAUCGGCUCGGCCUGCCCACCGAGUGGCUCAUGGACAUGCUCAAGCCGUCGGCGUCGGCGUUGGCGCUGCCGAACAAGUCUGUGCCGCCGCCCAUGACGCUGCUGCCGCCGCCGUCGUGCACGCUCUACGUCCCGCCGCACGAGUGGCGCAAGCGGGCCAAACCCGGCGCGUUUACCGUCCAAGUCUCCCACAUCCACGUGACAAAUGCUGUCCAGUACACGCUGACGGUCCUGUACCAUGAUGCAUACGACACGCCCGGGUCGACGUCGGUGGCGCACCGGUACAGUGACUUUCACGCCCUCGCAACGCAUCUCGAGGCCAAGACCGCGCUCCCCGUCGUCGCCCUCCUCCCGCCCAAGACGCUCUUUGCGUCCACGGACGUUCGGUUUGUCGAGCACCGGUCCGUCCGCCUGCAGCAGUUUCUCAAUGCUGUGCUGGGCCUCUCCUUCACGGGGAUGCUGGACCAGACCAUCUCGAUGGCCGCCGAACCGCGCGUCCGCAAUUUCUUAUCGCUGCCGGCGGUGCAGUGGAACGUCGUGCCCCACGCGCACCCCGCGCUGGACCGUAUGGACCGCUUCCGCGCCUUCUCCAACUCGCCCACCGUGUCGAGCUCGGCGUCGCCGGCGCGCAAGAAGCUCGCCGACGUCGAAAAGAUGCUCCGUGACGCAGACCGUCAUGACGGUGACGACGACGACGACGACGCGCACCAGCUCGUCGCGCUCGAGUCGUCGCCCUAUUUUAUGCCUCAGCGCGCGGCCAACCCGCCCGCUGUGCGCGCCGGCGCCGCCUAAUAUAGUACUAUAAUAUCUUAUCUAUUAUAAACUACUAGAUGCUACUUCAUGGUCCAA